AUGAUCGAUCCUCUGAGGGACGUGCUGUCGGUGUGUCUGCUGCCAGCUGAAUUCGGUCAGAAUCCGUCAAACACAACAGAACACAAGAGCAACAUCGAUGCUACUGCUGGACCAGGACCGGAACCGGAACCUGCUGCUGAUCUGGCCGGCGUUCGCUCCUUCGUCCCGGAGCAGCAGGCGGAGACCCGGAUCAUCGGCGGUCAGGAGGCCUGGGCGCACUCCUGGCCUUGGCAGGUGUCUCUCCGGUUCGCCUCCAUGCCGGCCUGUGGAGGAGCCGUCAUCGGCCCGACGUGGGUCAUCUCUGCUGCCCACUGCUUCAAACGAUACAACAAAGCUUCGUUCUGGACGGUUCUGGCUGGAAAACACGACCUGGACAAUCCUCACGAGCCUCAGCAGCAGCUGGUCGGCGUCUCGGCCAUCUUCAGCCACCGCGGCUACAACAGUCGGACCAAAGACUACGACAUCGCUCUGCUGAAGCUGCAGCGGCCGCUGGAGUUCGGCCGCUUCGUCCGACCCAUCGACGUGUGGAUGUCGGCGCUGCCUCUGCUGGGCCGCUGCACCGUCACCGGCUGGGGGUCCACCAGAGAGAACGGACCUCGAGUGAACCGACUGCAGGAAGUCAACGUCACCAUCCUGCCAUCAGACGCCUGUAACCGGUUCUACAGCGGCCGGAUCCAGAACUCCAUGUUCUGUGCUGGGAGGGACACAGGAGGCGUGGACGCCUGCCAGGGCGACUCCGGAGGUCCUCUGUCCUGCUUCAACGGCGGCAGGUAUGAGCUGGCCGGUCUGGUGAGCUGGGGGGUUGGCUGUGGUCGGGCUCGGAGACCCGGCGUCUACACCAGAGUCCAGCAGCACACCGAGUGGAUCCGGGACACGAUGAACGAUCAGGAUGAAGGUCCUGAAGACGAGGCCACGGCUGAAGGGGACAGCUGUGGGAAGCAGCAGAGCUCCACGUGUGAUCCAGGCCCGGCCGGACUGUCAGUGUCCCAGGACGGAGUGUCGUCUGUGGGGAACGUGUCCGAGUCCUGCCCCUUCAACUGGCCCUGGAUGGUCAGCGUGCAGGCCGACGGACGCCACGUCUGCAGCGGAGCUCUGGUCCACCGGCGCUGGGUUCUGACCGCCAAGCACUGUGCUGUCAGAGCUAAGGAGGACGUGGUGGUUCUGGGGGUCCAUGACCUCCGGUUCUUGUCGCUUCAGACCGUCCCGGUGGACGAAGUCUUCAGCCCACCACAGGACUCCAGCUUCCCUCCUAAAGCGGACCUGUUGCUGCUGCGUCUCAGUCAGGACGCCAGGUUUGGCUCUCGCAUUAGUCCGGUCUGUGUUCCUGAAGAGGACGAGGACCUCGAUGGCAGCUGGUCGUGUCUCACAGCCGGCUGGGGAGCGACUAGAGCUACAGUCGGCGUCGAUCCGAAGCGGCUGCAUCACGCCGGCCUGACUCUGGUCAACGAGACGAGCUGCCGGCAGCAGUGGGGAGGAUUCAUCAGCGACGCUCACGUCUGUUCACAUCCUGCAGGAUCCACGUCCUGCCUGGGCGACUCUGGAGCUCCUCUGUUCUGUCGGAAACGUGGCUCCUACUUCCUGUUCGGCGUGGUCACGUGGGGCAGCUGGCGCUGUGACGCCGAGAAACCGGCCGUCUUCACCAGAGUGUCGGACUAUCACUCAUGGAUCAACGAGGUGACCGGCGACAUCUGA